CCGACACGAAUUAAUACACACUCCCUCACUCUCUCUCUCUAUAUAUAUGUAUAGAUCACGAUCGAGCAUAUAUAGUUAUCAAAUUAUCGCCUACGAUUGUAAUUGCAAUGUCUCAAUCACAGUCGCCGCUUUCCGUCAAAGAAAUUGAGAUCGAAGGCCAUGUUUUCUCUCCAUUAGUUAAGGCUCCUGGAUCGACCAAAUCCUUCUUCCUCGGUGGCGCAGGGGUGAGAGGUUUAGAGAUACAAGGAAAAUUCAUUAAGUUCACGUCCAUCGGCGUUUACUUGGAAGAUUGUGCCGUCGAGACUCUCGCCGUUAAGUGGAAGGGAAAGACGGUUGAUGAGUUAACGGAUUCCGUCGAGUUCUAUAGGGAUAUCGUUACAGGUCCCUUUGAGAAAUUCAUGCGAGUGACUAUGAUCUUGCCCUUGACUGGUAGCCAGUACUCUGAAAAAGUAACUGAAAACUGUGUCGCGUUUUGGAAAUCAAUUGGAACAUACACUGAUGCAGAGGCAAAAGCUGUUGAAACUUUCAUCGACAUAUUCAAGAGCGAAACCUUUCCACCAGGGGCAUCGAUUCUUUUCACACAAUCUCCACUCGGAACAUUAACGAUAAGUUUCUCUAAAGAUGGGUCGAUAUCUGAAGUGGGGAAUGUGACAAUAGAGAAUAAACAAUUGUCGGAGGCAAUCUUGGAGUCUAUGAUAGGUAAACAUGGAGUUUCUCCAGCUGCAAAGAAGAGUUUGGCGGAAACAUUUUCGGAGUUGUUUAAGGUUGAAGAAGUGAAGCCAAGUGUGGAGAAUGGACAUUCUAAAGAAGUGGAAGAGGUAAUUGCACCAGUUGAGAUUAAGGAGAUCACAGCUUGAGUUAUUUGUUGAAAUGGUGAGGUAAAAAAAGAGGUUAAUAAUAAAGAUGAACUAUGUUGAACAUGGUGAAUUUUUAUAUGUAUGGGUUAAAGAACUAUCUAUGUAACAUAUUGGUCUUUUCAUGCAAAAAGUUCUUCUCUUCAUUUGUCA